ACAACAAACUGAACAGCAGAACUGUGAGUCCCUACCAUUAAAAAUCUAUAUAGUUCACUCCAGUUCACGAGGAAGACUGUAUCACGUCAGAUAGCCCUUAUACGCAAAUAACACAUAUAUCGAACACAUCCGAAACACCACAAAAAUAUGUUUGUCAUGGUAGAAUACGAAACCUGAAAUAACGAAUGGUAAAUUGCAGAAUUUGGACUGUCCCGCCUUCAGUGUUUCGCCAUAUGUUCAUAGGCUAGCGUACAUUCAUAUCAGACACUUUUAGAAGCAAAUGGUAAGAUUUAGUACUGAUAAUGACCCCAGGUGAAUUAUGGAUUAUGACCAUGGCUGGAAUAUGCAUAAUAAUGCAGAGCUCAGCUGUGCAUCUGAGGAACAUGGAGCACUUUAUUACUGCUGUUGCACAUUUAGAACAUUUAAACCCACAUCUGAGUUCACUGGCUUUAGUGUCGAAUCUACGCCAGAUUGCAGACCAAACUCACAAUAUCACUCACGGUUUUAUGCGAUCAUCUAACAACGAAACUGAAACUCAUCCGAAAAUCAAAGAGCAGCUAAAUAUCGACUUCAAUCUCUCUAAUUUCUUCAGCCAAGCACUUCAUCAUUUUAUAAUAGAUGCUUAUGAAGAAAAGGGAGUUGUUCUGACUCCCGAUGGCACAACGGUUGCCCUCGCUCCCCUACUUUUAGGUCUUGAAUCUGGACUACGAGCAAAAAACGACAGUAACCAGCCUAAUGGAUUCUACCUACAUCCACUGGCCAGGAUGUUAGGCCUGUCAUUUCUGAACUCAACUCCAACUGUGAAACUUGGUCCAGAUGGUUGUUGGGACAGUGUAUCCGCGCCUAUGGUUUUUACUCUCUCCAGCAAGCCAUCUUUGGUCACUGAUGCUGUGGUUCAUGGUGGUAUGGAUGGAGCCAUACUUGGGAAGCACCUUUCUGUUGUUAAUUGCUCUCAAAUGAAUGUAAGCACACUGCUGAGGAGUUACUACACAAGGACUGUGGAAGAGUUGGAUGAUGUUUUGGAUUCUCAUCUGAAAGGUCGAUAUCGCAGACAGAAUUUUCAGAAGAUCACAAGUUCUUCGAUGCUUCAAGAGAAGGUAGCUGAUGUACUAUCUAGUCCAGGGGACGCUGAGGUGGAGAGUCUUAUCGAAAAAGGAAUCAAAGAAUUUGUGCUACGUUAUUUGGAUUGUCCGAGCAUCAUUCCUAGAUGUAUAUGGGGUGCAGCGCCACCUCAGGUUCCUCUUGAACUCCUCUCUCCACCAAUGUCAUUUCUGUACAUUCACCACACAGCGAUACCCAGCAAACCCUGCCUGAACCUUCAGAUGUGCUCCCAAAACAUGAGGGCAAUGCAGCGUUUCCAUCAGAAGGAUCGGGGCUGGUAUGACAUCGGCUACAGCUUUGUGCUUGGGUCUGAUGGCUACAUCUAUGAAGGUCGGGGGUGGAUGUCACAAGGGGCUCACACCAAAGGACGCAAUAACGUUGGCUAUGGUGUAGCUUUCAUAGGGGAUUAUUCUGGUCGUUUACCUUCCACUCAUGACAUGGAUCUGGUGCGCCAUCAUCUGGUCAAGUGUGGAGUGAACAACGGAUUUUUGCAAGAGGAUUUCACCAUUCUCGGACACAGACAAGUAGUAGUAACCACCAGCUGCCCCGGAGAUGCCCUGUACUCUGAGAUCACAACCUGGAAGCACUAUAAAGAUAAGGAUCCUUUGAAGUAACAUUGGAGAUAUCACUGACACGUCAUGGUUUAUAGUGCAGGACUGGUACAAUAACUAAGCCUUUUAAUUGAUCAGAAAAUACAUGAGGAAUGAUUGGUGGUAAUUCAAUAUUAUUCAUUCAUUCAUUUUCCUUCAGCUUAGUUUUUAAUUUACCAGGGGUAGCCACAGCGGAGUGAACCAAUAAUAAUAAUCAAUUGUUCUGUUUAUAUAGUCACCACACCUAACGACUCUGUCUGAUCUAUGUUGAUCCUGCAACAUAAUUUUUGUUCGAAAAUGUAAUCCAUACCUUUUCCCUACCCCUAAACCCAACUAUAACUGUUAAUUAUUCCCAAAAUCAGAGGGGAAUAAUAGUUGAAUAACAAUCAUGAAGUGCAUAAACCGUAAGCCUAAACUUAACUGUAAACAUAUCCUUUAAUGCUGAUUGGAAUGUUGUUCCACGAUCGACAUAGAUGUAUUCCAGGAACUUGUUCUACCUGGUUAAAUCAGGCAAGAUUUUGCUAAUCUCAUCCAAAGCCAUUGUUUUGAUUCUUGACUGUAAAACUCAAAUGCAGUCAAGACCUUUAGCUGUGUGUUUAUCUAAAAACAUCUGCACACCUUAAUCAGCCAAUCAGAAUCAGGCUCACAAACAUUUCAAUUCAACCCAGAACUGCAAGAUCAAUGGCAUGAAACCAAACCAGACAUCUUGGUUGAGAGUCUGAAUGAGAUUUACGAAACAUUACUGUCCGUACGUGAGAAUUACGUGUGCAAAAAUAAACUGUGAUCUCCA